AUGUGUUAUGCUUGGAAAGACUUGACCAAGAAUAUACUCAAACCAACACUGGACCUGAUUUUUUCUAUCAUGAACCUGAAGACCAAAUCUUUUGGUACGAGCUGUACGAUUUUGAGUCUGGUUUAUGGACAACUCUUGAUGUCACUCCACACUGAGGAGAAGAAAGUCGCCAUAAUAGGAGAUGUUGGAUACUUUGGACUAUUGGAUUAUCCAAAAAAAAUCAACAUAAUUGGAGAUGGUGGAUACUUUAGAAAAUUGGAUGUCUUCCUCGGAGAACAUGGAGACCAAAAGUACUGUAGGCCACAUGUGUGCUCUUAUGUUCCAAGUUUAGUGCAAAUCAAGCAGCCUUCAGGAGGCGAAUGUAAAGAACAAAGCGAGCUAGAAAAGCGUCGAUAUUAUGAAUACAUGUCGAGACUUUUCCCACAUGUAAUGAAUCAAUGA